UUUAGAUAGCCAUGUCAAGCUUUCCGCUUGAAAUUCAACUUCAAGUUCAACUUCCAUCACUCGAUACAACUAAAUCUAUCUUUCUCACCUUUGUUGUUGUUUUAACCAACUGAGCAAUGGGAUUUAGAUUCCACAAUUUCAACAUCAUUUACAGAACCUACAUCUCCACACUGUCCACAAAAUCCAACAGAACCUACUAUCACCCCAUUUUCCAAUCCCUAAAUUCCCAAUUUUCUAACCCUUCUUCAAAUUUCUCUAGUCAACAUUAUCUCAAGAUCCCCGUUAGAUGGCAUUUAGGUCAUUCUCAUGACCACCACGACCACCGCCACCAGUUCUCCGGAAAAGAGGCCGAGAACAUUUUCUGGCUGGGUCUCUUCUCCGAUAUCGGGUUGGCCACUGGCAAAGCUUUGACUGGAUAUGUAUCAGGAAGUACUGCCAUUAUUGCUGAUGCUGCCCAUUCCGUAUCCGAUGUGGUUCUCAGUGGGAUUGCGUUGUGGUCAUUCAAAGCGGCAAAGGCUCCUAAAGACAAAGAACAUCCAUAUGGGCAUGGUAAAUUUGAAACUCUUGGAGCUCUUGGAAUCUCUUGUAUGCUAUUGGCAACUGCGGGCGGUAUUGCAUGGCAUGCUUUAGACAUUUUGCUAGGUUUGAUGUCUACCGCUCCUGAAGUAGUCAAUCACGGGAAUUUGCAGAGCCAUCAUCAUCACGGUGGACAUCAUCAUGGAAUUGAUAUGGGUCACCCUAUACUAGCUUUGACCAUGACUAUUCUAUCAAUAUCUGUUAAAGAAGGGCUUUAUUGGAUCACAAAACGAGCUGGGGAAAGGCAAGGUAGUGGACUAAUGAAAGCAAAUGCAUGGCACCAUCGUGCUGAUGCUAUUUCGUCUGUAGUUGCUCUUAUUGGGGUUGGAGGCUCUAUACUUGGAGUUAAGUUCCUAGAUCCCCUGGCUGGACUGGUUGUCUCAGGCAUGAUCUUAAAAGCUGGACUGGACACUGGUUAUCAGAGUGUCUUGGAACUGGUGGAUGCUGCAAUCCCAGCAGAAGAAUUGGCCCCUAUAAGGGAGACAAUACUAAAGGUUGAAGGAGUCAAGGGAUGCCAUCGUUUAAGGGGAAGGAGGGCUGGUUCAUAUCUGUACCUUGAUGUACAUAUCGUGGUUGAUCCAUUUUCUAGUGUUAGUGCUGCUCAUGCGAUUGGCGAAAAUGUUCGUGAUCAUGUUCAUAAGUCUCAUCCUAAAGUAUCUGAAGUUUUCAUACACAUAGAUCCUGAAUUUUUACAAUUAUCUCCAAGUGUGAUGGACCAGCAAGAAAGUGUCAAGGGAGCCGUAAAUCAAAAGGAUAAUAUAUAUGUGGACUCAGAUAUUGAAGCUAUUGUUCACAAUAUUUUCUCAUCAAAGUUCCCAGAGAAUAUUGUGGUUGAGCGCAUAACUCACCACUUGUUGCAAGGCAGGAUUUUACUCCAAAUUGAAGUUUCCAUGCCUCCUGACAUUUUGAUUAGGGAUGCAAUGAAAGUGGCAGCAGAAGCAGAACAGGAGAUUUUAAAGGCAACCUCUAAUGUUUUUCAAGUAAGUUUACAGCUAAAAUUGGGGCGCCCAAUCCCACAAUAGCGGAAAUGCAACAAACAGAGAAUGGAACCUGUUUGUUUUGUAUUUGUAGUAUGGCAUUGAAAGAGAAACAUAGCUUUAAGGGAGGACAUUGGUUUGUUGUAGUAGAGUAUCAUAAUGUUUCAUUCAUCAUCUCCCAGAGAGGUGUGCAAUAACAAGAAGAAAUGAUAACAUUCCAAAAGCCUUGAGUGGGUGGUUGUAAUAAUACUCCCUCCGAUUCAAUAUAAAUGACUUUUUAAGUUUGUACAUAACUUUUAGAUGAAAAAAUUUCAUCGCUCUCCCACUUGACUGUGGGAAAAGUUUUGCUCUGAUUUUGUAGAUGGAAAAACCUUU